AUGUUUCUCUUAUGGGCCCCGCGCCUGAGGCAUGAGAGCACAAGAAUUUUUGUUCUCACGUCAAUUGCAGCAAGCGAAGGGAAUGUGUUGGGAGGACUCCCUUUGACGGAGGGGGAAAAAAAAGGAAUUGAGAUUGCUGAGGAGACAGUUCAGGAUCUUCGUAUCAAGGGUUCCAAGUGUCUCGUUGGUCGGUUAGGGGUGCCUAAAAAACUCAAUAAGGAGGCCUUCAAAGCCAUUAUUAUGUGGAUAUGGAGACCAGCCGAAAAACUGAUGAUCAACGAGGUGCAAGAAAAUUUAUGGUUGUUCGAGUUUGCAGAGGAAGGUGACAAACGGAAAGUAAUGGCAGGAAAACCAUGGUCGUAUGACCGUACCCUCCUAAUCCUCAAUGAGUUUGAUGGACGACUUGCACCCUCCCAGAUGGAAUUUUUGUGCUCUCCUAUAUGGGUCCAAAUUCAUAAUAUGCCGCUUGGGUGCAUGAACCGAGCGGUGGGUACCCAAAUAGGUCGUACAAUGGGGGAAGUGGAGGACGCAGCAGUCGUGGAGGAUGAUGUGGGAUGGGGUAGGUAUCUUCGACUCAGAGUGGUGAUUAACCUAUUUCAGCCCCUUGAGCGUGGUAGAACUCUAUUUAUCUCCAGAAGUUCGUGCUGGGUUACUUUCAAGUGCGAGAAGCUUCCAAUUUUCUGCUUUUGUUGUGGUUGUAUUAUUCACGGCCCCAAAGGAUGUUUGGAGGCCUCUGUUAGGAAACCAAACCAUGGGGAGGGAUCUGAAGGAUGGGGUCAAUGGCUGCACGCUGAUGAUCAUCCUAAGCGGCUUGGAGGUAACGAAGGGAGGAAGGCGGAUCCACCUUCUUCGCCGACUGUUUCCAAUCAUUGCCCGAUGGAAGAGAAUCUAGUGGAAGGUUUUCUUGAAAAGGAAAGAUCACAGAAGGUGAAAAAUCAGGAGAACAUUGACGCUCAUUCAAAUUUGGAAUCCCAGUCCUCAUGCAAAACGGAUGAUGCUGUGCUUAACCAGUAUGGAAACAAAGCUAGGAAAAUGGAAAGGUGUGAUAAGCAGGAUGUGAAACGGAAGGAAGUCUUUCAAAAUCCCGUGGAGGGCAUUCCUGACUUAAGGAAAGGUGCUACUAAAGGUAAGAAAGGUGGAAUUAAAGGGGGAGGAUCGGGCGAGAAUGGAAAGAAAAAGGAAUAUGUAUGA